AUGCUGUCGUCGCAGACAACCUUCUUCCCGACUUCGUACGACUCGCCGGCGUCGCGCGGGGUGCUCGAGUCGCAGAACUUCACCCCCGAUUCGAACGCCGCGAGUCCGACCGUUUCCCCCGCCGUUGCUCCCUCCGCAACAUCAGCAGCAACGGCCGCAGCGACGCCCCACUCUGCCCGCAUGCAGCAACCCCGCGGUCUGUCCUCGUUCGCACUCACUCCCAUCCAGCAGCGUCAAAAGAUGCAGGCUGCUCGCACGCUGGCAAUGCAUGCGCGGCUCAACGCGAAUCUCAACGCUGCUGCUGCUGCUGCUGCUGCGGCUUCAAAUUUGGCUGCCGCUCCGACCGAGUCGGCCGACGACGUUGCUUCAUCCUCAUUCAAGACUCUCUCGAAUGAUGAUGCUGAAUUUGCACACAGUGUCGGCAGCGACAAUACUGAAAAUGUCGGCGACAACAGUGACAAGGGCCAGCAGCGCCAGUCCUCUUCCGGCAGCAGCAAACCGUUCGUGUCGAAUCCGGAUCUGACCACGGAAACCACUGCGGGUGCAUCUUCAAACAUUGCUGAUCUCACUACUUCUAGCAUCAUCAACAGCAGCAAGGACGCCAGUAGAAUGAGCGCGUCGGCAGCCCAGGCGAGCGGCAACCUCGUGGAAGAUCAGCUUGCGCAGCCAUCCCAGUCCCAGUCCCAGCCCCAGUCCCAGCCCCAGACUCUGGCCCCAUCGGCUGCACAGAUUGCCCAGCUGGCGUUUGGCGGCGACGACACGAGCGCUGCGACGGGCGCUCGCACGACUGGCAGCAAGACGAGCAUUGAGCCGUCAAACCGCAUCCCAGCAGGAAUCCCAACUGGCAUCCCGACGCUGCACGGCGCGGUUGGUGGCGCUGCACCUGGGUUUGCGAUGCCCAAGUUCAUGUCGAUGACUGCCACGCCGGCCGGUGGAUUCGCCCCGAGUGCCAGCGCACUGAUGGCUGCGGCUGCGAGCUCGGGUGGCAUAACCGCAUCGAGCGCCACAACUGGUGCUGGUGCUGGUGCGACGACGACGACGACAACGGCGACAUCGGGCGUGGGCGCAUUCUCUGGAUUUGCAGUGGGCAAUCUGGCGGAAGGCAACCGCAUUGUGCGAUUGGCGGAUUUGAUUGGCGGCGAAUCCGGCGCAGAUGCCAGCGCUCGCGCACCAAAGGCGUUCGAAGACGAUGACAAUGGAUCCGUGCUGAGCGAGGCAACGUCAAUGACGUCCGCGCUGACUCGCUCGACCGACUUUGAUGCGCUGAACGAGAGCGGAGACUCGCGCGCUCACCAGCAACUCUUGCAACUGGCGGCUGCGAAUGGCGCCUACGCCCACAGUCCCAUGUCGCGCGCAUCCAUCGCCAGCACCAGCAGUGCACUUGCCAGCACGGCAAUGAGUGCCUUGCUUGACUAUCAGGAUGGCAUUGCUGAAGCAGAGGCGGAACAGCGACGCGAACGGCAAGAGCGCUCGCAGCGUCGUCGUGAGGAACGCGAUCGCCUCUCCCGCAUGGAGGUGGAGCACCAGCAACUGCAGGCCACGCACGCUGCACUGACCAAGCAGAUGCAGGCGCAGCGGGACGAGCUUCAGGCGCAAGUCGACGCUCUGCAAGCCAAGCUGGUUCAGCAGCAACAGCAGCACGAGCAACAAGCGCGCGAAACCGACAGCGCCCAGUCGCAUGCGCGCGACGAAGCAAUCGAGCAGCUGAUGGUGCAGCGAAUUGCGGCGGAACAUCGCGCGACUGCCGCCGACGCCGAGGCCGGCCGCCUUGCCGAUGAGCUUGAGUACCAGACUGGGCUUGCCAAGAUCAAGCAACAAGAAACGGACGCGUUGCGCGCAGAGUUGGAGGCGCUGAACGACGAUUUCACUGCGACAACGGCCGCGAAAGAUCGCAUGAAUCAACUUCUAACCUCGCAAGUGCGCGACACGACAGAGCGCAUGAUUGAGGCUGAGCUGCACUACUUCCAUUCACUUGCUCUGACGAUGAAGCUGAAUGCCAUGAAUUGCGAUCAGCUCAAGAUCAACGUCAGCGCCGACGAUUUGUUCCUAAUGGCGCGCGAAACCAACCUUCCGAUGCGCUCGUGGGCUCGUUUCGUCUUUGAGACCCUUCGCGGACGAGAGUAUGCUCGGUCACGCGCGCCUUCUACCGAGGCUUAAGUUUGUUUGUGCAAUGUCUUGGAGGAGUGCCUCCUUUUGCUUUUUCCUGACUGAUAAUUUUCGUUCCCGGCCCCUUCCCCCCCCCAAUGUUGAAAGAGACGAGCGUGUGUGUUGUUGAGAAUUAUUGAACGUGUGAUGAGUGGAGAGUUGAAUGUUACAAAAUCAUACACAAUGACAGUUUGAAACGA